ACAUGUACAUAUGUUAGUAUGUUAUCAAGAAGCCUUGAGAUAGUAUAAAUUUUAAAUAUGUUAGAACUCGGUAUGGAUUUUCUAAAACAUGUACAGGUAACAUAAUAUCUGCUGCAUAUGUUUUUUUCAAAACGACAAUAUCAUAGGUGAACAUUAUACAUUUUUUAUUUAAUAUUAAAACACGAUAUUAUUGCAACAUUACGUGUACGAUUUUAUUCUUCUUACGUAUUACAACUUAUAGCCAACAAAACGUAUUUUAAAGUUUUGAGCUAGCAGAAAAUAAUGAACGCGAAACAUCUAUUUAUUAUGUGUUUAUUAAGUAUUGGUUGCCAGAUAGCAAAAUCCACGCCAGCAGAUAUCGAAGAAUUAUGGAUAGAACUAAAGAUAGAAACCGGAGAAAUGGAUAAUUUAAUGAAGAAGGUAGAAGAGAAACAAGAAGAAAUCUGGAAGACAGUAGAAAUAAAAGAAGCGGGGCAAUCAAAAGGUUACACUACUAAAGACAAUCUGAUAAAAGUGUUAUCUGGUCAUACAGUUGAGAUAUCGGAAUGGAUAACGAAAAACAAAGGAAAUGCCAAAGAAAAAUCAAUUAAAAUAACAAAGCCAGAAUUUGAUGAUUUAAUGCAAAAUUUUACAUCAGAUAUUAUUGAAGCUCUUGAAGCGGUUGAAAGGUCCACCGAUUAUGCCAUUGGCGAGUAACUAUUGCACCGCCAAAAGCUU